UAAAAUCGCAAGUUUGAUAUCGAAUUUCGAUGUCGUGGACAUACAAAAUUUCCUAAUAUUAUGAAGAAGUGGAAAAUACAACAAUAAUGGAAAUAUUCUUAAAAUCUAAUAGCAACUUCGUUUAGGAUAUGCUUUAUAUCCCCUAAUAUCGACUCGACUAUGUUUAAAAUCAAACGAAUCUCCGUGCAGUGCAGACAGGCGAACAGAAGGGGUUUCUUUCAUCUUCUAGAAAAUCUGUGUGGUCUUUUGCCGGAGAACUAACGGUCGGAAGGUAGUUUCAAUCGCUCAUCUAUGUUUGACUUUUUUAAUCCAUGGAGAUCACUUUCGGCUAACUUUGCGAUUGCUGAUUUACAUGUUAAAUCUCAGACUUAGGCAUUAGACAUGGACGGUGAAACCGCUGUCAACGAGAAUCAAAGGGACUCGGAUAGUUUAAGCAAUCUGCCUGAUUCCUUGCUGUGCAAGAUACUCUCUGACAUCCCCACCAAGGAAUCAGUUUGCACCAGCGUUUUAUCUAAACGAUGGAGAAAUCUCUGGUUAGAUGUUCCAGCACUGGACUUAAAUUCCAGAGAAUUCCUAGAUCAAGAUGUCUUUGUGAGUUUCAUGGAUAGGUUUGUGUGUUCUGAAGAUAAGCACCACUUGGAGAUAUUCAAGCUGAAAUAUCAGGUGUUCUAUCUUGAUACAUCUCGUUUUAAGUCUUGGGUGGCCAGGCGUAGGGUUCAUCGUUUUAAUGCAUCUGGUUUGAAGUCUUGGAUGGAUGAUGUGGCCAGUAGUAGGGUUCGUCAUCUUGAUACAUCUCGUUUUAAGUAUUGGAUCGAUGCUGUGUCCAGGCGUAGGGUUCGUCAUCUUGAUGUUCGUAAUGAGUUGUAUAAUGGGAUACUUAAGAUGCCUCCGUCUCUCUAUUCGUGUGAGAGAUUGGUGAACUUAGAUCUCUACCACGUGUCCUUGGAUCAUCCUGAAUCUGUAUCAUUGCCUUGUGUUAAGAUUAUGCAUCUAGAGAUGGUCAGGUACGAUGACGAUUCGACUCUGGAAACUUUGAUAUCUAGCUGUCAUGUUCUCGAGGAGUUAACCAUAUCCCGCGAUCCUUACAGUGAUUUUCUGGUGGCUGUGCGUGUGCAUUCCCAUUCGCUAAAAAGCUUCAAAAUAGUUUGUGAGCGUUGGGUAAGUGACGGUCAUGUUGUUGAAAUAGAUGCUCCAAGACUUGAGCGUAUGACUCUGAGUGAUCACAUCUCUGAGAAAUUCAUAAUACACAGUAUUGGUCCCUCUGCAAAGGUACACAUUGAUGUUCUCUUUGGUGAGGAAAAUGGUGAGCCGCUGGAGCCGGUUGAUUCUUCCAAGAUUACUAUGCUCCGUAAAUUUCUCACCGGGUUAUCGACAGUUAGCGACAUGAUCAUCUCUGCUGCUACCCUGAAUGUUAUUGAUGGUUACUGUGAAAUGGAACAGCUACCUCAGUUCGCCAACUUGUCUUACUUGCAUGCUUCCUUUCAUGAAACUUCGUGGAAGAUGUUACCAACCUUCCUCAAGAGUUGCCCAAAUCUACAUUCCGUCUUCCUGAAAUAUGAGCUUCUUUCAGAGACGGAGCAGGUUGGUCUUUCAUCAGUGCCACAAUGUUUCCAGUCAUCUCUUGAGUUUGUUCGUUUAGAGACACAUGGUGGUGUACUCAGGGGAACAUCAAGUAAGAUUAAAUUAGCAAAGUACUUCCUAGAGAAUGCUGCAGCUCUCAGGAAACUGACUCUAAGUUCGAGCUUUUGUAACAUCAUCGACGAGAUCAAAUCGAUUCCAAGAAGCUCUACAGGGUGUAAAGUUGUCAUGAAAGAUUGAUUGAGCCACAGAUUUGUGUGUGUUUACGGUAUUGCCCUCGUCGUGCUUUAUUAAAGUUCACCUUUUUCUUUCUUUAUUUCGUGAUGUACGUUGUUUAUCUUUUCGUUUUUCAAGUUGGAGGAAUAUACUACCUUACAAACCAUUAGGAAUAUCACUUUCUGUCUAAAAUACAGUGACAGAGAGGGUGAAAAACAUUACAAUUAACGGACUGUAAUUUGAUCCACAGUCAGCCAUAUAACCUAAGAGCCUAAGACCAUCAUUAUCGGUGAAAUCUUUUUUGUGUUUCUUAAAUUUUUUUUUUCUGUUUUGGCUGAUUUUAUAAAAAAUUAAAUAAGGAAUCAAUCGCGGACCGCUAUGUGUUAGUAGGAUCCGUGAACAGUUAAAAAAAAACAGAACAAAGUUGGUUCUUAACUCAUGCAUUUUGUGACCGACUCUUAGCAAAUUUGUGGGGGCCACUACCUCUUUUAGUGUAAAAACCCUCUAAGAAACUAGGGAUAAUUAUGCUCUAAGAUUGGUCUGUUGAUGAUCUGUUACGCCUGUUUACUUUCGUAGUGUUAUGGUUUUAAACUUGACGUUGAAUGCCACGUGGACGACGUAUAAUAAAAUAAUCAUUGUAUUAAACAAAGGUUGUAAUAAAUGCCGCUUAUCAAUUAGUGUCCGUGUUUAAAUCAAGCGUGCAGACUAUUUCGCAGGCGAACUAAGAGUUCUUCUUUUUCUUAAAUCAGAAGGUAAUUUCAUUAACAAAAGGUAUAAAGUACAAGAAACAAAUUAAAAAGACAAACAAACAAUUAAAUCUCAGUAACACAACAAACAA